CAACCCAGGCCAUGGCUCGUUGCGGAAAUCGCUAGCAAAGUGCGAAAGGUUUGGCUUUUGUCCCGCCACCUGCCACCGAUCCGAAACACGCACGCACGCACACAGACAGACACACACACACUCCGAGCUACCGGCACCGCAUCCGGGGGGGAUGGUCUCGGCGGGUUUUUCGUCGCUCCGUUUCUUCUCCGUGGUGGCGGUGUGCCUCUGGGCACGGCGGCCCGCUCGGGGGCUGCUCCUCCCGGCCGGGGCCCGCGCGCGGGGGCACCGGCGCCCGCUUGCGGCCCGCGGCGUGGCGGGGGGUGGCAUGCCUUCCGCAGAGGAGGGGAGCGGGGACGGCGUCGAAUGGUGGCGGGGGACCUCGCCGUCGACCGGGGCUCCCUACCAACUCGCCUACCGGCACGUCGCCCCGGCAGCGGAUCUUUCCGGGGGAUCCUGUGGCGGAAGCAGCAACAACAACAAUGGCGGCGAGACGGACCCACACCGGAGGGAGCACACCCGGCAGCGACCGACGAUCCUCUUUUGCAACGGCUUUCGGUCCGAGAUGUCCGGCGGGACCAAGGUCCUGGCCCUGGAGGCCCACUGCGUGGCCAGGGGUUGGGGCUUUUGCGCCUUUGACUACCGGGGCCACGGGCUGUCGAACGAGCGCGGCGCCGUUGCGGAACAACAACAAGACGAAGACGACGACGGCGGCCCGGUGCUCACGGACUGGAUCUCGGACGCGGCCGCCGUCCUGGAGGGGGUCGUCCUGCCGCGGGCCGGGAGCCACCCCUCGGUGGUCCUGGUCGGCUCGUCCAUGGGGGCGUGGAUCGCGGUGCACCUGGCGAUGCGCUACCACAACGGCGCAAAAUCCGGCGGAAACAGCGACCACGAACGCAAAAACAAAACCAAACGCAAACGCGAAAGCAAACCCAGCGACGGCCCGCCGCCGCCGCCGGUGGUCUCGGGGAUCCUCGGGAUUGCCUCCGCCCCGGACGUCUUCUCGGACCUCUGGGACUCGGCGUCCCAAGAGCAGCGAAGGGAGUGGAGGGCCGCGGGGAUGGCCAGGCUCGCCUCGAGCCACGCACCCGGGGGCGGCUACGCCGUCCCCCUGGCCCUGAUCGAGGACGCCCGGGAGCACUGGGACCUCCUGGGGGAACACGGGAGCGGGAAGGGCCUUGCCGUCUCGUGCCCGGUCGGCCUCCUCCACGGGAAACGGGACCGGGAGGUCCCGUGGACCCGGUCCCUCGCGCUGGCGGAGGCCCUGGAACAAGGCAACGGCAGUGGCAGUGGCAGCGGUUCCGUCGACCUGCGCUGGAUCGAGGACGGGGACCACCGGCUGUCGCGCCCGGGGGACGUCCGGGCCAUCCUGGACGCCCUCGACGCACUGGUCGCGGAGGCUUGCGGCUAGAAGGAACGAACGAAGCGAAACGAAACGAACAAACAGACCAACCAACA